AUGGCACCUCAACCGAAAAUCCUGGCCACGGCCCCUCUCGUGACAUCAGUAAUUAUAAGAAAGGGAGAGAAAACAUACAGCUGUGAUGAGUGUGGAAAGUCUUUUGUCCAGGCUGGAGACUUAAAAAGACACCAACGCAUCCACAGUGGAGUUAAACCUUACAGCUGUGACUUGUGUGGAAAGUCUUUUACCCUGCCUCAAACCUUAAAAACACACCAACUCAUUCACAGUGGAGUUAAACCGUACAGCUGUGACUUGUGUGGAAAGUCUUUUACCCAGGCUGGAGACUUAAAAAAACACCAACUCAUCCACAGUGGAGUUAGAGCAUACAGCUGUGACUUGUGUGGAAAGUCUUUUACCCGGGCUGAAAGCUUAAAAACACACCAACUCAUCCACAGUGGAGUUAAACGUUACAGCUGUGACUUGUGUGGAAAGUCUUUUACCCAGGCUGGAGGCUUAAAAACUCACCAACUCAUUCACAGUGGAGUUAAACCUUACAGCUGUGACUUGUGUGGAAAGUCUUUUACCCAGGCUGGAGGCUUAAAAACACACCAACUCAUCCACAGUGGAGUUAAACCUUACAGCUGCGACUUGUGUGGAAAGUCUUUUACCUGGGCUGGAGACUUAAAAAGACACCAACUCAUCCACAGUGGAGUUAAACCGUACAGCUGUGACUUGUGUGGAAAGUCUUUUACCCGGGCUGGAGACUUAAAAACACACCAACUCAUCCACAGUGGAGUUAAACCUUACAGCUGUGACUUAUGUGGAAAGUCUUUUACCCAGGCUGGAGACUUAAAAACACACCAACUCAUCCACAGUGGAGUUAAAGCUUACAGCUGUGACUUGUGUGGAAAGUCUUUUACCCGGGCUGGAGACUUAAAAACACACCAACUCAUCCACAGUGGAGUUAAACAUUACAGCUGUGACUUGUGUGGAAAGUCUUUUACCCAGGCUGGCGGCUUAAAAACUCACCAACUCAUUCACAGUGGAGUUAAACCUUACAGUUGUCACUUGUGUGGAAAGUCUUUUACCCAGGCUGGAGGCUUAAAAACUCACCAACUCAUCCACAGUGGAUUUAAACCUUACAGCUGUGACUUGUGUGGAAAGUCUUUUGCCUGGGCUGGAGACUUAAAAAGACACCAACUCAUCCACAGUGGAGUUAAACCGUACACCUGUGACUUGUGUGGAAAGUCUUUUACCCAGGCUGGAGACUUAAAAAAACACCAACUCAUCCACAGUGGAUUUAAACCUUACAGCUGUGACUUGUGUGGAAAGUCUUUUACCCAGGCUGGAGACUUAAAAAAACACCAACUCAUCCACAGUGGAUUUAAACCUUACAGCUGUGACUUGUGUGGAAAGUCUUUUUCCCUGGCUCACAGCUUAAAAAAGCACAAACUCAUCCACAGUGGAGUUAAAGCAUACAGCUGUGACUUGUGUGGAAAGUCUUUUAAGCGGGCUCAAAACUUAAAAAGACACCAACUCAUCCACAGUGGAGUUAAACCUUACAGCUGUGACUUGUGUGGAAAGUCUUUUUCCCAGGCUGGCGGCUUAAAAACACACCAACUCAUCCACAGUGGAGUUAAACCUUUCAGCUGUGACUUGUGUGGAAAGUCUUUUUCCCUGGCUCACAGCUUAAAAAAUCACCAACUCAUCCACAGUGGAGUUAAAGCAUAUAGCUGUGACUUGUGUGGAAAGUCUUUUAAGCGGGCUCAUACCUUAGAAACACACCAACUCAUCCACAGUGGAUUUAAACCCUACAGCUGUGAGUUGUGUGGUAAAGUCUUUGCUCAAAGUAGCAACUUACAGAGUCACCUACGGAUUCACACUGGAAAUGAUGUUUACUGCUGUGAUCAGUGUGGAAAAUCGUUUACAACAGAUGCACAGUUACGACGACACAUGUUUAGCCACACUGAGGAGAGACCUUAUAAAUGUGACCUGUGUGAGAAGACUUUUAAAGCUCCACAUCAGCUGAAAAAACACCAACAGAUCCACACCAGAAAGUAACUCUACUAGUGCAGUUACUGUGAGGAUGUAUUGAUUUUAACCUGAGUGUUUGGAGCAAGUCUGAUCAGUAAACUUGUGGAAUUAUACUGAAUAACUGUUUGGAAAAAUGAAGAGUCAUCUUUGUCCGGUAAGCUGAGUGUUAUAAUGUAAACAGUAAAAUUUAAUUGGAUGUUGGCAGAGAUGCUCCUUAUUUAAGGCGACGUUCAGGAUAAAAACGUUGAAGGAAUUCCAUUACUUUCACUGUCUUCGUUUAGAAGUGGAGCAAAGCACAUGGAUCCAGUUCUCAACCCUGUCGUCACUGUGGUGGUGGGAAAGCGUUUUUCUGUGACCUUUGUGGAAAAACUUCCAAUCAUCAACGGGACCUAAAAACACAUCAACGUAGACACACUGGAGUCAAAAUGAACUACUGUAAAGAAUGUGUGAGAGGGUCCCACACCCCAAGUACAUUAAAAUACAUGACCUCUUCCACAGUGGGGUCAAAAAGCACAUCUGUGAUCAGUGUGGGUCAUCCUUCACCACUGCACAUGAGCUUAAUGAAAAAGCAUAAGCGAAUCCACACAGAAGAGACACCAUACAAGUGCAGACACUGUGACAAAAGCUUCUCACAAUCAGGUCAUUGUAACAAACAUGAACGUACACACAUGGAAGUGAACUUCAGCUGUGACCAGUGUGACAAGAGCUUCAGGAAUC